UUUUUCUUUACAAUGUACCGACAAUUGUCUGUCCCAAACCUUUCAUUAUUGGGUUGAUUUGGAAUAAAAACCCAGUUUGGGAUUCUUGCAUGUUGGAUUAAGAUUUGGUGCACUUUGAAACGGUUCGUGUCAGAUUGAUUUUGAAUAAAAGUUUAGCUUCAAAUCUGAAUUGUUGCUAUUUGUACCGCGUUUGAAUUCUUUAACAAAAGGGAUAAAGCAAAGGUGGAAUACUGCAUACAUGAGACAAACGGAAUUCAGCUUUUAUUAGUCGAAUUCGCUCUUGCUUCAAUGAACAGAAAAAGAUCAUUAGUAUCUGAUACUUUCAAAGUUAAAAAACAAAGGCUUGGGACAGAAAGCCGCUUUGGAGUUCAAGGAAAUGGAAAAAACUCAAUUUUACAAGAUGUGCCUCUCGACACCAAGGCAGCCCUUCAGUAUCUCGCUUCGCUGUUUCCUCGCAAGCUGUUCAACGACUCCCUCCCUCCCAUAGUUUUAAAACAUCAGCUCUACAGCAUUAAACAAGACAGAACACUGGUUGAUCGGCAGUUAAAUGAAUUGAAAGACCAGGGGGAAAUCUUCAUGUUCCAGAUGGGCUUCGACACAGAUGCCUUUGCAGUGGUCUUUGCGGAGGACUACAAAUUAAAAGCCCUGGCUGCUGAAGCCGGACGAGAGACCUUGGGAACGGUGCAGAAAUUCUUAGAGACAGUAUUGCCCUCCUGCAUGGACUUGAGUUUCAACAAAGAUAAAAUGCUCAAGACAUUUUUGUUCAGGGACCAAGAAAUUACGCAGCUGGUUAAGUCUGGAGUGCUCACAGUCAGGGAUGCAGGGAGCUGGUGGCUGGCUAUACCCAAUUCCGGUCGAUUUACUAAGUUCUUUAUUCAAGGUCGUAAAGCUGUGCUUGGCAUGAUUAAGAAGUCCACAUACAAGGAAGUCUUGCAGACAGACCUGGAAUGCAGAAAGAUGACUUCCCAUGUGAAACUUGGCAUUCAGUAUCACAUCCAUGACAUCAUUGGUGCAGAUUUAGUAGAAUGCGUUCCAACAACUUCAGGGGUCUUACUGCGCCUGACAGACACCUGACCCCAGAUACCUUCAUAAAAUGUAUCAUUUACUUCAUAUCUUGGACCAUUUCCACUGACCAUGAAGAGAUAUUUAUUUGGUUAAGUCAAUCACAACUGUACAUUUAUCAGUAUGUUUAUUUUCCAGUGUCAAAUUAUAAAUUUGUUUGAUGCCAAACAUGUACAAUAAAGACUAAAGUUUAUUGUGGCGCUUCUAAAGUUUGGAGAUUUAUUUUUUAUUU